AUGUCAAUCGGAUGUAGACCAUCACCGGGUGAUGAUUACCUGUUACAGGUCUUGUAUGAGAAGGCAUCCCAGGCCGGUGUGCUCGUGGCAAAAAGAGCUCCUCUCGCUCUGUUCGCCAACGGCAAAACCUCAGGAAUCUACGUCGGAAUGGGCGGGGAGUUUGUGUCGGCAUCGGUGGUGAGCUCGGGGUAUACGGUACCUUGCACAGUACGGCACUGUCAUAAAGGCGGAAGAGUGAUGGAUGAAUACAUAGCAGCUCAGAUUCUGGGCGAAGGAGCUCAAAGACCGUCAGAAGAUCAGCGGAUGGCUGGUCGCCUCUUUGACCUUGGCCGGAGCAUGGGCUUAUCGACGCUACCUGAUCGUUCAGCCAGCAAGGGGGAGUUGACCGGGAAGGAGUUGGCGGUUUGCAGUAUGGCUGAGAUGAGCAAGAUCCAAAGCUGUGUCGCUAGAGAGGAACGCGGGCAAGCUUCACAGACGGCUGGGCUGGUGGAACGCCUGCAGAGAGACUGUGCGAUGAGCUUGCGUGAUGGCAAGGUUCGAGUAAUGGGAGGCUCUGGAUUUCCUACGGCAGCCUCUGGUGGGGAGCGAGGAUACUGCCCGUGGUUGGGUGGUUCCAUAGUGGGAAGCAUGGGAAGUUUCGCUUCGCUCGUGAUAACGCCUAAGGAGUACGCCGAACAUGGUGCUCGAAUUGUCCAUCGUAAGUGUUUCUAA